AUGACGGUCGUCGAUGACAUCCAGACGAAUCAGCUGUCGACAAGACUGAUCUUCUAUCCUUUAAUUCUUCUUGCCACUGGACUCUGGCUCUUAUACAGAUGGCAGCAGCAAACAAGAAUAUACAAACUGGGAAACAAAUUACCAGGGCCCAUUGCAUUGCCAGUAUUUGGUAAUGCCCUUUUGGCUCUUGGUAAAAAACCAGAAGAAUUGGUGAGAUUAGCUUUAUCUUACGUUGAGGUGUACGGCACCGUUAUACGUGGUUGGGUAGGAUCUAAGUUAGUUGUAUUCUUAACUGAUCCCGACGAUGUGGAAGUCAUCCUCAACAGUCAAGUUCACAUUGAUAAGGCCUCCGAAUAUAGAUUCUUCCAACCUUGGCUUGGAGAGGGACUUCUAAUCAGCUCAGGUGAAAAGUGGAGGUCGCACCGCAAAAUCAUCGCGCCUACAUUCCACAUAAACAUCUUGAAAUCCUUCGUUGACACAUUUAACCAGAACAGUCUAUCUGUGGUAAACAGAAUGAAGUCGGAAAUGGGUAAAGUUUUCGACGUCCAUGACUACAUGAGUGGUGUAACAGUGGAUAUUCUAUUAGAAACUGCAAUGGGUAUCACGAAGGAAACUCAAGAUGCGUCCGGCUUUGACUAUGCUAUGGCUGUCAUGAAGAUGUGUGACAUUAUUCACCAAAGGCACUACAAAUUCUGGCUGCGUUUUGACGCCAUUUUCAAGUUCACCUCUUUCUUUGAGAAACAGAAGAAACUCUUAGGAAUCAUCCACGGACUUACCAACAAAGUAAUCAAGAACAAGAAGGAAAAGUACAUCCAUAACAAAGCUAAGGGACUUGCCACAGCAACCGUUGUAGAAGAAAAGACGACUGACAAAGACAUGUCUGGACUAGCCAAUGCUAAGACCCUGGCUGACACAGUGUUCAAGGGCUACCGUGACGAUCUGGACUUCAAUGAUGAGAACGAUGUUGGUGAAAAGAAACGACUUGCUUUCUUGGACCUUAUGAUUGAAGCCGCCCAGAGUGGAGCACACAAGAUCACUGACCACGAAAUUAAAGAAGAGGUUGACACUAUUAUGUUCGAGGGCCACGACACCACGGCUGCUGGAUCCAGUUUCGUGCUUUGCCUCCUCGGUAUCCACCAUGACAUUCAGACCAGAGUGUACGACGAGCUCUACUCUAUCUUCGGUGACUCUGACCGUCCAUGCACCUUUGAAGACACCCUUCAGAUGAAAUACCUCGAGAGAGUCAUCUUUGAAUCUCUUAGGAUGUACCCACCAGUGCCCAUUAUUGCAAGGAAGCUGAACCGUGAUGUUAAGAUUUCGACAAACAACUACCUACUUCCCGCGGGAUCAACCGUGGUCGUGGGAACCUACCAGAUCCACCGCAACCCCAAAUACUACAAGAACCCCAACGUCUUCGACCCUGACAACUUCUUGCCAGAGAAUACAUCGAACAGACACUACUACAGCUACAUUCCAUUCAGUGCUGGACCCAGGAGUUGUGUCGGCCGCAAAUACGCCCUUCUAAAACUUAAAGUACUCCUCUCUACUAUUCUCCGUAACUACAAGAUGGAGUCAGACGUCACCGAGGACCAGUUUGUGCUACAGGCUGAUAUUAUCCUGAAGAGAACAGACGGCUUCAGGGUACAAAUUGCGCCCAGGCAACGGGUACCAUCCACCGCUGCUUAA